AUGCUGCUGCACGACGGCUAUGGUUUCACCAAAGAUCGCCAGACGGCGAAAGGCAGCAACUGGAAGUGCUCGCUGUUCCGGCGGAUGAAGUGUCGUGCCCGGGCCAUUACCCGGACCAUCAACGCUGAAUCGUACACGCUGGCAGUUUUUGGCACAACGCGCCGCGGCUUCCAGAUGCUGCUGCACGACGGCCACCGGUUCGUGCGCGAACGCCAGAAGGCCGCCACCACCAACUGGAAGUGCGCACUGCACUCGAAGAUGCGCUGCAAGGGCCGGGCAGUGACGCGCGAAGUCGACGGGCACCACUUUGUGCGGAUUACCUGCCGGCAGCAUACGCACCCGCCCACCGGGUACGAGGGGAUUAGGUAG